AUGAUAACGAAUCGAAUAUUACGAAAUAGACAACAGCAACUACAUUUUUUAUCGCGAUAUAUAACUACUACAAGUAAUCAAACAUCACUGAAAAAUACAUAUACACACCUACAUUUACCAAAACUAGAUUCUCAUUUAAAACAAGUAUUUGACAACCAAAAGUAUUUUAAUAAUUUUAAUAAAUCAUCGAGUUCAUAUAAUAUACGUACUGGUUUAUUUAAAAAUGAAUAUCUAACAUCUGCAAAUGGUCUAAUUGAAUUCUCCAAAACAUCAUUACAAAAUGCAAAAGAUUUAGUCGAUGAUAUGCUACAAAGUGUCUCAAAUUCACCCCAGGGUAAGUUAUAUUAUAUUAAAAAAUUAGAUCAAUUAUCAGAUCUAUUAUGUAGAGUUAUUGAUGUUGCUGAAUUUAUAAGAUUUGUACAUCCUUCAAAUAAAUUUCAAAACCUGGCUCAAAAAGUUCAUGAAAUAAUGUUUGAAUAUAUGAAUCAAUUGAAUACAAAUGUUGAAUUAUACGAAAAUUUAAAAGUUAUAUUACAAGAUAAAGCAAUACUUGAAAAAUUAUCAGAUGAAGAAAUUAAAGUUGGUGAAUAUUUAAAACAAGAUUUUGAGCGUUCUGGUAUUCAUAUGGAUCCUGAAACAAGAAAUAAUUUUGUUAAUAUAACACAAAACAUUUCAUUGCUAGGAUCAUCGUUCAAUAAUGAUAUCAAUAUACUUCAGGAUUAUGAAGUUUAUAUAACUGAAGAUGAAUAUGAAAAGUUACCAGUCCAUUUUAAAAAUCAGGUAAUAGUAUCAAAUAACUCAAAGUAUAUGAUACCUAUUAAUGGUUCGUUACCUUAUCAAAUCUUAUUAACUGAUAAUGAAUCAAUAAGAAAAAAGGUUUGGUUAUGUUUGCACAAUGCUAAAGAGGAUCAAAUUAAAAAAAUCAAUAAGUUUAUCACGUAUAGAGGUAUAUUAUCAAAAAUGUUAGGAUAUCAAUCUUUUAGUCAUUAUCAGCUUGAACAUAAAAUGGCAAAAAAUCCAAAAAAUGUUUUAACUUUUUUGCAUAACUUACAGAAGUCACUUCAAAAUGUUAAUAUCGAAAUGAAAAAUUUGAUAAAAUAUAAAACAGACAAGGAACUCUCUGAUGAUCAAAUUAUAGAAGAAUUGAAACCGUGGGAUAGAGAUUAUUUAUUGACCAAAUUACAAGAACAUGAACAGACUUCAAAUGAGGAUUAUGAAGUCAUCUCACAAUAUUUCACCAUUGGUAAUGUAAUUGCUGGUUUCAGUAAAUUGUGCAAACAAUUAUUUAAUAUAUCUUUAGUUCCAGUUCCAACUCAAAUUGGUGAAACAUGGGAUAAUACACGAGUGAGGAAGAUAAAGGCUGUUGACCAUUCUAAUGAUAAAACCUUAGGUUUUAUCUAUUUAGACUUGUGGUCAACUGUCCAGCCAAGUCAUUUUACAAUAGUUUGUUCCAGAAGAUUGAAUGUUACUGAAUCAAGAGAGGAAAUAAGAAAGCAAUCACAAAUUAUUGAUGAUUAUCAAUUACCUGUAAUAUCAGUGAUUUGUAAUUUUGAUAAUGGAACUAAAAAAUCAAAUUCAUUAAUUGGUAGAUUUGCUGGAGUAGAUAAUACAAAACCUACGUUAUUAACAUUAGAUCAAGUUGAUACUAUUUUCCAUGAAAUGGGCCAUGCAAGUAUGUAAAAAGGAUGAAAUUUGUGUUUAUUACUAACUAUUUAAGUGCAUCUGAUGAUUGGUCGAACAGAGCUACAUAAUUUAUCGGGAACUAGAUGUUCAACUGAUUUUGUUGAACUACCAUCCGUUUUAAUGGAAAGUUUUAGUAAAGAUACUAGAGUUUUAUCAGAAAUAGGAUAUCAUUAUGAAACAAAUGAAAAAAUUCCAAAAGAAUUAAUCGAAAAGUUCAGCAAAAGUAGAAAUUCCUUAGAAGCUUGUGAAGCAUUUAUGCAAUCAAAAAUGGCUAUAUUAGAUCAAUAUUUGCAUAAUGAAGAUAUUGUAAAUUUAAUUUCAGAAAAUAAAUUAGAUCAAAUUGAUUCAACGAAGAUUUAUCAUAAAAUUGAAGCAGAUUUAAAAGUUUUUGCAGAUAAAUGGUCAACAUGGCAUGGUAAAUUCCCCCAUCUAUUUAGUUAUGGAGCUGUUUACUAUUCAUAUUUGUUGGAUAGAGCAAUUGCAGAGAAAGUUUAUAAUUAUUUAUUUAAAGAAGAUCCAUGGAACUCGAAAAAUGGGUUGAAGUAUAAAAAUUCAAUUUUGAAAUGGGGAGGUAUAAAGGAUCCAUGGGAAUGUCUAGCUGAUUGUUUAGAUAAUAAGGAGUUGUCAAAAGGAGAUUCAAGGGCUAUGGAAAUUAUAGGACAAGAUAGUAACUUACAAAGUUAG